AUGUCUUUCGUUAGUUGGACAAAGUUAACUGUUAAAGAAUUACAAGACCUAUGCGAAACAUGUGGGUUUUCUACAGGAGGUAACAAGGAAGAGUUAAGCGAUAGAUUGCAGGGAUACUUUGAGAAAAGGAAAGGAAAGUUGCCAGAAAAACUUCAAGAAAAUGAGGUCAAAACAAGAGAAUUUCCGGAGGAAGAUAUGGAUGGUUUUAAUGGAAGAACCUUUGCGAAUAACCCAGUAAUUGACUUAGAAGGCGACUAUCUAAAGGAUGGCUCUCAGGAAGCUGAUUGCAGUGUUAGAGAUGAGUUUGCUGCACGUUCUCAGGAGAAAGACAGAGUUGAACCAUUUUCAGUUGACAUUUUUAUGUUUGCUUUGAGCAAAAUGGAAAAGAAGAUAGAUAAAAAUUUCUCUGCUUUACAAAGGGAGAUGGAAGAAGGAGAAUUGUUAGAUGAAGCAUGGCCAAGUAUUAAGUUGUCUAAACCACAUAAUCAACAUGAAUAUGAUUUUUUAGCAAAGAUAGGCAAAUGUCUAGAUAGAGCAAUUAAAGUGUUGCAAGUUUCUGCUAGAAAGGAGUUUAUUGGAAUUAGAGAGGAAAUAGAGACCCAUGCAGUCACUUUGAGAUUAGCUGAUAACAAGGGCUGGAGAACUGCCUUGCAAAUUGUAGGAAGUAGUGAUAGAAUGAUGGAAAAGUAUAAAGAUCAUAUUCUGAUAUUCAGCAAUUCUUGGUUAGACUCAUGUUUUAGUAGGUGGAAGUAUAGCGAUAAAGCUAGAAAUAAUCAGCAUAAACGGAAGAGAAGUAAGGACCGUCAAUCACCAUCAUCAUCUGACUCAGAAGGAGACGAAUUAUAUAGAAGAAAGGAGAAUUUGGUUGGUCAAGACAGUCAGUUACAUGCUUCAACUGCAGAGGUAUUGGUCAUAUUGCCUCUAAUUGUUCCUUCACAAGUUCAAAGGCCCCUAGCAAACCUAAAAACAUUAAUUGACUACACUCAGGCCCCCUCUUUAAAAGAAUAUACAAUUCCUAUGGAGUCAACAGGUCCUCCUCCAGUAGUCAUGGAUUGGUUAGUAAAUGGCAUCCCUCUUUUUUCAAGAGGUGUUUUGGUGCUUGCAGUUCAACCAGUUCCAAACCAAUAUUCACUGUCAGCAGAGCAAAGGGAGUGGGUAGUAGAGGAGACAAAUCGGUUAUUAAAAACUUCAGCAAUCAGGGUUUUCAGGCAAGGUAGAACCAUGAAAGAACCCCAGUUGGCAGUUUCUAGCAGUAAGGAUAGGUUAAUUGAUAUGUUACUUGCUAGAGCUUAUGACUUACGCAAGAAUUCAGUUUCACAUGGCUGGAACCAACUUUCAAGAGAACAUUUAGAAGCACAACUAUUAGAUCUUACUAAGGAUUAUAAGGUUAGGAAAGUUUUUAAGGCACUCUUAAAGGAACAUAGAAAAGAUAGAGAACCAGAGUGGCCAUGUGAUCCCCUUCCAGUUAAUGCCCUAAAACACUUUAUUGAUAAUAAACCACCAUACAUUAGUGAGGAGUUCUGGGUUCGUGAUUCAGCUUUGGUGGCUAUAGGACUUAGAACUAUGCGUCACCCGGGUGAAUUAUGUAAAAUAAGAUGUAAGGAUAUUAAGAUCAGAAAGAAAAUGUGCUGGAUUCAAAUAAGUUCAUCUAAAACUGAUCAGUUUGCGAAUGGGAAAUUUAUUCCAAUUGAAUACUCAGAUAGCCGCUACUGCCCAGCUAAGUUACUGAUUAGAUACCUACGUAUUAGGCCAAGUGUUGAUGAUCAUUUUACUGCACAUAGCAUCAGAAUUGGUGGGGCUACAGCUGCUAUGGAGGCAGGCUUAUCCCUUACACAAAUCCAAACUAUAGGUGGCUGGGAUAGUAAGGCAGUAAUGUUAUACCUAAGAACAGUUGGAACUG